CACCUCGCCCUGCUUCGCCGCUCCUGCACGCCCGGCCCCAUCCCGAUCCCGGCACCAUGAGUUUCGGCUCCGAGCAUUACCUGUGCGCCUCCUCCUCCUACCGCAAGGUGUUCGGGGACAGCUCCCGUUUGUCUGCGCGCCUCUCCGGGGUAGGCGGCGCGGGCAGUUUCCGCUCGCAGUCUCUGUCCCGCUGCAAUGUGGCCUCCUCGGCCCCCUGCUCGUCGGCCUCCUCGCUCGGCCUGGGUCUGGCCUACCGCCGGGCCCCGGCGUCCGACGGGCUGGACCUGAGUCAGGCGGCGGCGCGCACCAACGAGUACAAGAUCAUCCGCACCAACGAGAAGGAGCAGCUGCAGGGCCUCAACGACCGCUUCGCCGUGUUCAUCGAGAAGGUGCACCAGCUGGAGACCCAGAACCGCGCGCUCGAGGCCGAGCUGGCCGCGCUGCGGCAGCGCCACGCUGAGCCGUCGCGCGUCGGCGAGCUCUUCCAGCGCGAGCUGCGCGAACUGCGCGCGCAGCUGGAGGAGGCGAGCUCGGCGCGCGCGCAGGCCCUGCUGGAGCGCGACGGGCUGGCGGAGGAGGUGCAGCGGCUGCGGGCGCGCUGCGAGGAGGAGAGCCGAGGGCGCGAGGGCGCCGAGCGCGCCCUGAAGGCGCAGCAGCGCGACGUGGACGGCGCCACGCUGGCCCGCCUAGACCUGGAGAAGAAGGUGGAGUCGCUGCUGGACGAGCUGGCCUUCGUGCGCCAGGUGCACGACGAGGAGGUGGCCGAGCUACUGGCAACGCUGCAGGCGUCGUCCCAGGCCGCAGCCGAGGUGGACGUGGCGGUGGCGAAGCCCGAUCUGAGUUCGGCACUGAGAGAGAUCCGCGCCCAGUAUGAGUCCCUGGCCGCCAAGAACCUGCAGUCCGCCGAGGAAUGGUACAAGUCCAAGUUCGCCAACCUGAAUGAGCAGGCGGCCCGCAGCACUGAGGCCAUCCGGGCCAGCCGCGAGGAGAUCCAUGAAUACCGUCGCCAGCUGCAGGCGCGCACCAUCGAGAUUGAGGGGCUACGCGGAGCCAACGAGUCCUUGGAGAGGCAAAUCCUGGAGCUGGAGGAGCGGCACAGCGCCGAGGUGGUGGGCUACCAGAACAGGAAACUGUUGGAAGGUGAAGAGACCCGUUUUAGUACCAGUGGCUUAAGCAUUUCAGGGCUGAAUCCACUUCCCAAUCCAAGUUAUCUGCUUCCACCUAGAAUCCUCAGCUCUACAACCUCCAAGGUCUCAUCCACUAAGAAAGAGGAGGAAGAUGAGGAGGCAUCUAAGGGGGCCUCAAAGAAAACCUCCCAGAUAGGGGAAAGUUUCGAAGAAAUAUUGGAGGAGACAGUCAUAGCUACUAAGAAAACCGAGAAAUCAAAUAUAGAAGAAAGCACCAUUUCAGGCCAAAAAAUAUAAUUCAGUUGCUUAAAAAAAGUCCAUGCUUAAGUGGGAAUAUGCAUUUGAUGUCCCCACUAUCAAACGUCUUCAAGGCUUCAUACUUAGUAUUGAAUACUUUCUCUAGUAGAAAAAUCACCCCUACAUUGGAGCAAGCUGCAGCACUGGAGCAAUCACAGAAGAGUUCCCCAAGAAUCUCACAAUCUCACCUCCAGCUCAGGCUUCACAGCGCUAGAUGAUUCAGGUGCAGAGGAAGUACAAACCAAGGUGCUAAAUCUGUGAUCAUCAGUCAUUUGCUGCGAAAGGCAAUUAAAACCUACAUUCACUCACUAUACCCAGCCGUUCACCCUGCUUUAUAACCUCACUUUAGAGACCUAAAACAUCAGAUCACUGCCAAAGAUAAGUCUAUGGUUCACACUCAACUCUACUCUGAUAGAACCCGUUCCCAAAUUAUAAGGUGUUUGCUUAAUGGACAUUUUCCCUUCCACCCCCACCUCAAUUCUGUAUACCUUUUUCUUCUAUCCAGAGAAGGAAAGAAGAGAGGGAGGGGUGGGAACCCUGUAGAUUCCUUCCCUUUAGAACACAUUUAGGUUCUUAACAAAAGAGCUUGAACCCCACCCCCUUGAGUGCUCCUUACUCAAUGGGUAAAAUUAGAUGCAUGUUGACCAUUUAUCUGAUUCGUGUAAUGACUUACUCCUGCUCAUUUCAUAUCCCUCAAAUCAUGUAGGUUAAAAAAAAUGGCAAUGAUGAGUUUUAAGGGUUGUCCUCAAACAUAAAAUUCUUAAAAGAAUACCUAGAUCUUAGGCUUUCAGCUUAAAUCCAUUUAAUUAGAAGGGAAAAAAAGACUACUAAUAUAGCUUUUCACCGUAAUGUUAGCACAAUGAUAGUUAUCUCAAGCUACGAUUAAGCUGAUCUUAGGUUUAGUAGUGUUAGAAGAGGUGAGUAUUUCUAUGGAUGGAAAAGGCCAGUGUCUUAUUUACCUCUCUCUGUGUUAGUUCAUUUGUGGUGAUGUAGAAGUAGCUUGUUCAUAUUCUCACCCUUAGAAGCCACCUUCUCCCCUAUCUUCACUCUGCAGAGCCUUUAAAAAAGCAUAGGCUAUUUUAUCACCAGGACACAAUGCUACUGCCCCAAAGUCAAAAAUAAAACCACUUCGGGUCAGUCAAUACCACCAGCACAUAUGGAAAAUGAAGUCUUUCUCUUUUUGAAGAGAAUCCUUUCCCAACACUUCCCACAUCGCCGCUCUACUGAAGGGGCCUCCUCUGACGGAGAAGAGGCAGCGUUCAGAACAAAGCAGGGCUACCGAGGUCCCUGCUCACCUGCUAGGAAGCAGCUUCUGGUGAGCCACCUCAUCGCCCCCGCUGUGUGGCAUCUGCAUUGCCCAGUCUUCCUGGUGUGCCAAGAUCAAUGCAGGGCUUACCCUCUGUCAGCUGUCACUCCCACCAGCGUUUCCCAUGUCCUUUACACAUCUCCACGGAGAGCUGGGGGUAACACGGAUGGGAUGCUUCUACCGAACUUUCUUCUAGCACAUGCCUCAAUAAUUAAAGGAACUUGAAACUUUUUCACCUUGCCCCAUCUCUUUUACUCCUCACUCAUACUGUAAGACAUUAGUAAAAUAAUUAAAAGUCACACGAAUCUCA